AUGUCAUCAACAUCCGCAGUCGGACCCCGCCGAAAGAUCGUGGGCACGAGCCUGAAGAUGUACUUUGACCUAAACAAAACCCUAACGUAUGCCGCCGACCUCGCAGAUAUCUCGACUCAUGCUUCAACAAACAACAUUGAUCUGUUCAUCAUUCCAGACUUCGUGUCGUUGUUGCCUGUCAAGGAUGCUUUAAAAGGGACUGAAGUGCAAUUGGGUGCUCAAGAUGCUUUCUGGGAAGAUGCGGGAGCUUUUACUGGGGAAGUCUCCUGCAAAACGUUAAAGCAAGCUGGAGUCAGUAUCGUUGAGCUGGGCCAUGCUGAGCGAAGACGUCUGUUUGGAGAGACGGAUGCUACGGCCGCGAAGAAAGCUGCCGCGGCGUGUAGGAAUGGUUUAGUGCCUCUUGUGUGUAUCGGCGAAAAGACACAUGGCAAGAUUGCCUCUCAAGCUGUCGGCAUGGCCAUUGAGGAGUGCAGACCGCAAGUCAUGAGCCUGUUGCAAGCCAUUCCGGAUGAUGCAGAGCUCAUACUCGCUUACGAACCUGUCUGGGCCAUUGGAGCAGCCGAGCCAGCCGACCCAGAUCACGUUGUUGCCGUAACGCAGCAGAUUAGAAAGAUGGCAGAAGGCCGCAAAGGGCUGACGAGAAUUCUUUAUGGUGGAAGUGCUGGUCCAGGAACUUACGAUAGACUGAGAGAGGGUGUUGACGGUCUUUUCCUGGGACGGUUUGCUCACGACGUCAAAAACCUUGAACAGGUCAUCAAAGAAAUGAGCGAUUGA